GCAUGAUGAUGCAGUGAAAGAGAUGACAGAAACGAUGACGUGGAAGCUCCCCACUCUUGUCCCGGAUGGCGUUCCGAGUUCCGUGUUGUGCAGUGGUUCCCUCAUCAACAGAGCAUCUCUAAUUCUUCUCAACCCUCCGCUUCUUCCUUUGCGCUCAAAUAUCAUGCCCCAUAUACCCUGAGCAUCAAGCCACCCGCCCACACACCAUGCAGCUUGGACGCUACUCUGUCUCAACCCUCCUCCCGCCGCCAGUCCACAGCAUCACCUUCUCCCCAGACGGCCGCUUCUUCGCCGUCGCUGCAGAGAAGGGAUACGAGGUAUGGAAGACAUGGCCCCUGGGACUAGUCAGAAGAAGAGUUCUCCCGGGAACUCUCGCGCUGGCUCUCAUACUACCACACUCGCCUCUUCUCAUCCUCCAAGGAGGCGGUGCUUCUCCCCUGUAUGCUCCGAACAAGGUCGUUGUGUAUAAUGACAAGGUCGGAGAGGCCGUUGCUGAGCUCGAAUUCGGUGAACGGAUACGAGGCGUAUCAGCAAGGAGAGGGCUUUUCUGUGUCGCUCUCUCGCGAAAGGUCGUUAUCUUUGAGUACGGCCUGAGUGCACACGAUUCGCUUGGGAAGGGCAAGGGCAAAGCAGUCGAAGGGGAAGAAGAUGGCUUUUGGAUACGAAAGUUGGGAGAAUGGGAGACAGCCAAAAAUGAGCAAGGUCUGAUGGCAUUGUCCACAGCCCCGGGUUCGACAUUGCUGGCUCUGCCCGGCCGUCAAGCCGGUCAUGUCCAGCUCAUCCCCUUGCCCUCUUGUCCAUCCUCUUCCCCCGAUCCGCCUUCUCCAUCUCGAACCACGCCAAACUCCACCUUUCGCUCUCCCAUCAUCCUUGCUCACACCCACUCUCUCGCCUCCCUGUCCACAACUCCGUCCGGCUCACACAUACUUACCACCUCGGAACGCGGUACACUCCUGAGAGUCUGGGACACGCAAAGAGGAAGGCUGGAGAGGGAGCUGAGGAGGGGAGUAGACCCAGCCGAAAUGUGGGGAGUGAGUUUUGAAGGGGACGUGGGUGGCAAGGGAAGGGUGGUGGGCUGGAGCGAUAAAGGGACGAUACACGUUUGGGGCCGUGAAGAGAGCAAGGAGAAACUUUUAUCACAACAUCAACCCUCCCUGACCUCUCUUCUUUCACGAACUCUCCCUCUUCCGAAAUACUUUUCCUCGACCACGUCUUCCGCCCAAUACCACCUCCCCCGAAAGAACCCGCACGCCUUCAGCGCGGCCUUGGGAGCUGCGGGGGUGCCGAGCAUGUCUAUGCGGGAGGCUGUUGAGCUGGAGGCGAAUAUGGGAGAGCGGUUUGUGGUGGGGUGGGUCGAGGUUGACGUACCUGUUGUCGCAGAGGAGAGCCUGGGGGUGAGGUUCGGAGAGACAGCCAAGGAAAGGGAUAGAGACAAAGAGGAGAGACAGAGGAGGGCGGUACCAAAUCCAGCCUUGGGCACGAUGGGAAGCGGGAUACCCAUGGGCUCGAGGGGCGAACGUCUCUCGUUCGGUUCGGACAACACGAGCCGUACGGCAACUCCUUCUCAACGGGCCGCCACUCCCACCCAAGCCAACAUCAAGACUCGAGGACGCUCUGUCGCGCCACAGAUCAGGCUACGGGGCAUGUCGAGCCACUACACUUCUGCAUCGCCCCAUUCGACAGAGAAGGGGAAAUCAAAGCCUGGGGCUGGGGAAGGAAAGGUGGAGACGAAGAAAGAGAUGCAAUUGGUUGCCAUCACGUUCUCGGGAGAUUGGUAUAGGCUGAGGAUACCUGAUCCCGCUCCUUCCCUGUCUGGACCUGGCAGCGGCGCUGGUAGAGGGGAUCAAGAGAAGGCGAGGGAAGAGGAGAAGGAGAAGAAGGAAAGUCGGAAGUGUGAGCUUAUAGAGUAUAGGAGAUUAGGUGUUGGGGGUGGGGGUUGGUGAGGUGUCAUCGUCGGUCGUGGUUUCAUCUUGUUACGUGUCUGAUGUCUGCGCUGCAUGUGGCUUGAUUGUAUACUCUAGUGUAUGUUCAUUGUAUAUGUUUGCAUGAAUUUGCCCAAUGUAAUGUUGCA